ACAAAUACUUCUGCUUUUAUUAAAUGAAAAAACAUGUCUUGAGAGCUGCUGCUUUAACCUGGUGAAUAUGAAGGUUUUUGAGUUGGUUUGUAAUGUUGUAAUGUCUUUCUUUUCGGCACAAAAACAGCUAUGCUACUUACACUCUGGUGGAGGAAGGCACUAGCAGUUAUUUCCGGUACUGCAAACACACACACACACACACACACACACUUUAACACCCCGUUUUCAGUAAAGGAGAGCUUGUCUCUCCAUUUCUUUUUUUUCCGGCUGCGUAGCAUUGGCUCCUGGCUUUUCACCCAGAUGGGAACCCGCUCCAGCCGGCUGCAGGUUGCGCCAUCCCCGCCCUCUCUUUCCAAGCGCGGCGGGGUGAAGCGCGAGUCACGCCGGCGGCGCAGCGGCAGCAGGCCGACCAGCCUCUCGCUGGACCUAUCGGGCAGCUUUGACCGCGAUUCAGAGGCGAACCGAAGCCGCUCGGAGGAAGGCAGUGACUCAGACACCGGGAGUCCAACAGUCCUCCACGGAACUCCGGAUCAGAGUCCGGAUACGGUUCUUCCAAAAGCCGAUGAGAAGCCAGGAGAGGACGACGAAGAGCCCGAUGAGAAUACAGGAAGCCCGGACAGCAGUGAGCGGCUGGCUCCGGAGGAGGACGCGGGGCCUGCGCCGCACCGGACCUUCUCAGAGCGGCUCCCCGGAGGAAGGCAUGCUUCAGUCGGCCGCAGCAGCGCUGCUAGGUCGGCGAGGGUCAGGAGCUCCCGUCCUGUAUCUGAGGCUUGGAUCGGUCUGUACAGAGUUCGACACGGCACAAUUCGCUGUCCAUUCUGCACCAAACCGUUCCCUGGAGGCCGAAUUGAGGAGCACCUGCUGAGCUGCCUCACCUCUCCACCUCUGCCUUACAACAAUGUACUCAGUAAAGACAUUGGAGAGUGCUCCAUAUGCCUUGAAGAUCUGCUUCAGGGAGAGACCAUCGCUCGCCUGGCCUGUCUAUGUGUCUACCACAAGAAAUGUAUCGACUCCUGGAGCACGGUGAAGCCUUGUUGCCCAGAGCAUCCUUUUGAUUGACUUGGUUUUUCGCCUCAUCUGCUUGACUCGGGAGACUACAACCCUGCUAGCCACGUUGAUUCAGCAAAGACAGGACAACUGGGAGGAAUGAAAUGAACAGAACAGAAGUUCUGAGCAUGAGCUGGAGCUAAGAUGAUUCGUCACUGGGUCAUACUGUGCUGCUCAGUGCUUGCUUGGACAAAAGGCGGUGUUGCUAGGCAUGCUUUUCCUCUUGUUGCACUCCUGAGUGAAUCUGCUUGACUGAAAAGACCCUUAAAACAAAAAAAAGAAAUAUAGAAGAAAAAAAAAGAUACAGCAAAUAUUUACUGUCUGGGGAAGAUGAGACAUCAUUCACCCUCCCCAGAGCAGAGUUUAGGGGGACAGAAGCUCAUUUUGAACAUUGGUGAUGUGUCCAUGCUUUGGGUUCAUGGUUGAAGUGUUUAUUAUUAUUAUUAUUAUUAUUAUUAUUAUUAUUAUUAUUAUUAUUAUUAUUAUUAAUAUUAUUAAUAUAAUUAUUACUGCUUAGGGUCCUAACAUUGUCCUGGACAUUGGACAAGAUACCCUUAGAGACAUGAGGAUGACACUUUGAUGGUAUGGUUGUUAUUGGUAUUAUUACGAUUACAAUGAUUAUUAUUAUUUAGGGAGUGUUAUUUGCCAACUUGCCAACGUUAUUUUAUAUGCAGUUUGGAUAGAGUCUGGCCCUUUGGCUAAGUUUUCUGACCACAGUCUUAAAAGUAAAGGUAUAGUACAUGGUAUAGAACCUGUUUAGGACUGAUUUUUUUUUUUUUUUUUUUACAUGUUUUGAAUGCACAUUGAUUUUAGAGUGAGUACCACCCAUUGAAAAAGUUGAAAAUACUACUUAGUGUAUGUUUACCGUAAUUGAAACAGUGUUCAUCACUGCAGUUCAAAAUAUGUCUAGUAGGGAGCUGCGAUGCCACAACAUUUUCAUAUAUAAAAUGAUAGCUGCUCUAUUUAAGCACCGCUACCGAUUCAUUCAUUGCAGUUUAGUCUCUAAAUUAAGAAAGUUGAGGCUUAAAAAAGGUAAAGCAGACCCAAACAUAAUAAACAGAUACUUAGUUCUUUGUACUUGCACAUAUUUUUUAAUAUGGUUCCUGGAGGAACCAUCCAUAGAAAGAAGUCUUUAUUUAAAGAGUGUGUGGUCAGAAGGCUUCAGCCACAAGCCUUAAGGAGUUGGGUUUUGUUAGAGAUUGCCUUGUGGGUGUCGUCAGUGUGUGUUGGGAGAGAAUUGGACGAAUGGGACCUUGUAAGUCCUGAUGACCCCAUUAGACAUUUUUGGCUUUUCUUUGAGCGCUGGGUUGACAUAGAAGAAGACAUCAUCCAUAUUCAUGGACACUUCUCUGUGGUUCAGAAGUGGCUCUCUCUGUACAACGAGUGUUUGUCUGUGCGUGAGACAGGAAAAGAGAACCAGGCCGUCUAAUCAGAAAAGGUGUGUGCGUGCUUUUUUUUUUGGCCAUAUGGACCUAUACGCUUAGCCUGAGGACAGUGACUGCAGACAGCUGUAGGGUAAAUAUUAUCCCUCAUUAUUUCAUUAUUACAGUAUUAUAUUGCCCCUCUGUGGUGGCGGUGGAGAGAAUGACAGUUUGUCCCAAAAAAAUGUAUCCAUGUUGAUACCUCAAGCAUUUCACCCAAGAUAACAUUUUGUCAAAAGUUUCUCUUCAAAGUGUGGAGGUGAUUAGUCAUCUCAAUUACACAUUUGGACUAGAGUGGGGGCAGUUGGGGACUAUUGGCACAGUCAGAUUUUCUUUCAUAUUUUAACCUUUAAAAAAAAAAGGCCAUCCUAUAAUGUCACAUGGAUACCUGUCUAGAACAGGAAAAUUCCAAUGAGAACUUAAGUUUGGUUAAUAGGUGAGGCUGAGUGGCGAAUGUCCCCCUCUGUUUCUCUAACUUUCGAAAUAAAGAGGCACAAUGGUUUGUUCAUUUGAACCCCUGAUUUUUUUUAUUUAAUAUUAAUUUUAAUGUAAUCCUAAAUUUUAAAUGCUCAUAAAACUACACCGUUUUUUUUUAGAACAAUAUACUGCAAGCAUGCUAAUCUAAUGCUGCAGUGUUUGUAAAGUACAAGCAGUUGUUUAUGAAUAAAAUGAAAAAAAUACUUGGAGUGAUUGGACCCAGGUUCAGGUGGUGCUUAAGAAACUUGAGAGAUGCUGCAAAGAAACUGAAAGUAAAAUAAUUGGAUUUCCCCUUAUAAAUGUCACCAACAAAAAUUUCCAGUGCAACAAAACCUUCUACAUUUUUUAAAGGAAACCCCGAUUAGCAUAGAUUGGAUUUCUGAGGCCAGUGUUGUGCGUGAACGAGUUCAAAAGAACACGUUCAUUGAACACGCUCAUUUUUUCGUGAAUGUUGAACUGAACGCAAUACAUUUUUUAAUAAAGAACCUGAACGUGAAUUUGUUCACACAAUGUGUUAUGAACGGCAGACAUCACUGUAAAUGAACGUUGGCUAGUUAAUAACAUACUGGCUUCCGCACGACAUUACCCGUGAUGAAUCGCGGAGGGCUGGAGUGCGGAGGACUGGAGCGUGGAGCGAGGGCGAGGGAGAGAGAGAGAGACCAAUGACGAGAGUGAGAGAAAGCGCUGCAAUUUUAAAAAAAUUGGCUAGUGGAAGUGAUGCACAGAGACAGACACCGAUUCUCCUUAUGAACAUUUUCAUCACCUUUUAAGAAACCCACAAUUGGAGUGUCAUGAGCAAAUGUCUACAAUGAGCAGUUUCAAAGAACGUAUAGUGAUUUCUAGCUUGUAGUGUGAAAAAAAAGUAUUUAUUUGAAUAUCUCACGAAAAAAGUAAAAUGAACUGAACUUUGAACUAGUUCAGAAUUAAAAUUGUGAACUUUGAACGUGAACUGUUCACUUUGAGCAUGUAUGAACUGAACUUGAACUAGUUCAGAAAAACUGUGAACUGGCACAACACUGUCUGAGGCAUAGAUUUGACCGGGCGCCGAGUAGUCCAGCGGUCUAAAGCACUGCCACUAUGAGCGGGAGUUUGCCGGUUCAAACCCCCACUCGUGCAGUUUUGCCAUCAAAUUGGCCCUGCUCUCUCCCCACAUCACUCCUAGGAUGAUAUCCACAACACAGGCCGUCUGUGAGCUGAUGUACCGGAACCAAGUCGCUGCUCUUUCCUCCAAGUCCGCUGGCUGCUCAGCAAUGCAGCAUCAGCAGCAGCUCGAAAAGAAGCGGUGGCUGGAUUCACAUGUGUCGGAGGAAGCAUGUGUUAGUCUUAACCCUCCUGGUGUGUUGGGGCAUCACUAGUGAUAGGGGGAGUCCUAAUGAGUGGGUUGGGUAAUUGGCCGUGUAAAUUGGGGGAGAAAUUUGAAAAAAAAAAAGAUUUGACCUUUUGAUUGGAUUACUAGUUAAUGUUAUAAUUCAGUUCUUCAUUGCACAAAGCAUUCCAACUCUGAUCCCAGAUGAUUUAAUGAUACCACAUUUAAUUUGUGGUAACUUGAUCGUGGAAAUCACACGACUAUUCUGGACUGAAGGUUCUCCAUGACCAAAUUUAGACGCCUUUGAAUGUGCCAUGACCAAUCUGUCCUCUUGGGGCAGGGGUCACUAAUAGGCGGACCGCGGUCCGGGUCCGGACCCAUACGUUGUCCAAUCCGGACUCAAACCGAAAACUACUGAGAGGGAUUUAAUUCUGACCGUGUUCAUUUAAAGCGGCGGAACUUUUCUUGUCUUUAUGGUUUAUGUGCUUUACAGCGCAGUAAACUUACAGACCAAUCAUGUGUGCUGCAAAAUCACUAAACGCUCUUCUAUGCCAAUCAGAUCUGUGCAGCAUGCGGGAGCGCAGAGCCACACAGGCGAAGCAGGCGGUGAGAAGUGGAAGAAUAAAGCGAGAAAAGCUAAGCACCAGAAAAAUUAAUUAAAAUACUACCUUUAUAAAACAUUUUUUUUUGCACUGCAAAACAGUGGUUCUGAGCAUCAGGAACUUCUAGAUGGCUCAUAUUUUUGCUUCAGUGCGACCAUCUAAGAGUCUCGCAGGACUGGUAAGAGAACCACAGCUUUUAAUAGUUCUGUGUGGUAGUGGUUCACAACCUGGUUCCCAGAGACUUCCAGAUGAUCCACUUUUUUCUCUCAUAAAACAAAAGGAUACAGCAAAAAUAUGGACCAUCUGAGGAUCCAUGAGGACUACUUUAAGAACCACUGCUAAAAAAAAAAAAAAAAAACUAAAAAGGUUCCACUAUUGUUAGUCAAAGUCAAAGAAGCAUAUAUGAUCACACACCUCCAAAAGCAGUGUUUUUUGUUGAUUUUUUUUCUGUUUAUAUGGAUACAGUAUGUAAGUACAGAUUGAAAUGUUGCUGUUAGGUUUCUGUUGCUGAGGAGUUUCUGGGUUUAAAAUAAGACAUUGGGAUGUGUUUAGGUGUUUUAAUGUCGGUGUGACGGUCUCUGCAUCCCCAAAUUUAGACAAUCUUGCCUCCAUUAUGCUAAAGACUGAUUGAUUAUUUAUUUAUUAAAGUGUUUAUAUGUCUCAUUUCAAAAAUGGCUUGGUUUUCUGUUUGUCCAUGAUACUGUUUCUAUGCUCAGACCUUUUGUAUGUCUGAAAAAAUGUUUUAUAUGUAUUUUUUACAAUAAAUAUGCUUUAAGUGUC